UGUUUGUUGUUUUUCUUUUCUCAGUGACGUAGAUUCACCCGAAUCCUCUUUAAAGACAUCACCGGUGAACAUCGCACGGCAGCUCAGUUCACUCUAACUGGAUCAACACCACUUGCUCUGGGAAAGGAGUUGUCAGUUCAGCACCACGACAUAGAUUGGUUGCAGAAUACAAAACAGCCAGACAGCGCUGAACUGCGCAUAUUUUGACGGACGGGUUUCCUAACCGAAUAGUGAACAAGCAUGGGCGGGAUCUAUUGGAAUCCUGCCAAUCGGAAGAUAUGAAGGCGGGUAACAAAGACGUAUGGCGCUAGGUUGAUCUCUUGGCACACACGAGGGUACAGCGGUAAUGUAAAGAUAAUGAAUUAACUAUCUGUAUCUUCUGGGUUAACAAGGAAAUGGAUGGAGCGGAGCGGUCGAAAUAUACAGGUAGACGACAAAUGGUGAUAUAAAUCAAAUGUUUUGUUUUCUAAGAACUGAAGCGCAAAGGCCACAAAUCCAGCGCGUUCCCCGCAUCAAUAUGGUUACGGUACCAUUAGCAAGCAGUCUAACGAUAAUUGACCCUUUAACUGUGUUUGGCUUUUUCAUGUUGUCUCUCACUCAUUCCAAAUGCUGUAUAGUAACCGAGUAAGUUUUCGGAGCUGUGCGGGCAGUUUCAAGUCGUUAGUGCGGUCGUACUGGAUCCGCUGGAGCCCGGCUUCCUGGCGGAGGAGGUCCCAGACAAUGACACGUGUGUGAGGCCACACAAGUCAGUGCUACUUUUACACAGCAGUGAAGAUAGCCGAUGACUCGGAAGCUGAGCGGCAGAAUGGGGGGUUUUGUGGCUGCGGCAGCGUCGACCCUAACCUACAAACGAGGCUGCUGCAGAAGAGGAUGGGCCCAGAGGAGCAGGCGGCGGGUUCCCUGAGCCCAGGACGCCUGGACAGGAAAUCUUUGGUCAGCAGGCUGACUGCAUACAGAGUGAAGGAGAUCUUUACAUGGCCCCUCCUAAAGACACUGGCCAUGGGUCAGGGCCUGUCGCUGUUGAUCUGUGGGACAGCGGUCACUUGCCAGUACCUCGUAGAGUGGAAGGUGGACACGCCCAUGCUGCAGAGCUUCCUGAACUAUGCCCUGCUGUUCCUCACCUACACGGUCGCUCUGGCCUUCAGAAAGGGAGAUGGAAAUAUUUUGCAGAUUUUGCGGACAAAGUGGUGGAAGUACCUCCUAGUGGGCUUGUCUGAUGUACAGGCCAACUACGCAGUGGUGAAGGCAUACCAGCUAACCACUCUGACCAGUAUACAGCUGCUGGACUGUUUCGUGAUCCCCGUAUUGAUGGUGCUUUCCUGGAUGUUCCUCCGGACUCGCUAUCGGGCGAUCCACUAUGUCAGCGUCGUCGUUUGCCUCCUCGGGGUGGGGGCCAUGGUGGGGGCCGACUUGCUGGCCGGGCGGGAACAGGGAUCCACCAGUAACAUCCUGCUGGGAGAUGGGCUGGUGCUCAUUAGCGCCACCCUGUAUGCGGUCUCCAAUGUGUGCCAAGAGCACGUGGUGAAGAACCAGGGUCGAGUGGAGUUCCUAGGCAUGAUGGGACUCUUCGGGACCCUGAUCAGCGGCACCCAGAUGGCUAUUUUGGAGCACGAGUCUGUGGUGAAGAUCCCAUGGAACUGGCAGAUAGUCGUCCUAAUCGCCAUCUACGUCUCCUGCAUGUUCCUGCUGUACAGCUGCAUGCCCGUGGUGGUGAGGUUGACCAGCGCAACAGCGGUCAACCUCUCCCUGCUCACCGCUGACCUGUUCAGCCUCUUCUGUGGCCUUUUCCUCUUUUGCUACACGUUUUCAGCCCUGUACAUCGUCUCCUUUGUGGUGAUCACCGUGGGAUUUGUCAUGUUCAAUGCUGUGCCCACGUUCGCUCCAGAAGGGCUGGCCAGACUCGACAGGACCCCGGCACCUUCCCUCAGCGCUUCCCUGGACAACUACUUCAGACAGGAAGUGGAUGUGGAAAAAGAGGGGGGUGGGGGAGGGGCUACAAAUCAGCUUCAGUGGGAAUCACAAGACCAUGCUGGUGAAACUAGCACUAAGUUUUAGCUUUGCACUUUAAAAAAAAAAAAGGAAGGGGGUAGGUUCCCUGGGUGUGGAUUUUUGGGAGGACCUCUCAAUCAGCCAAUAAUUAAGCAGUGGUUCUCCAGUCCUGCACACCCACUGUUGUUGGCUGAUUGAGAGGCCGUCCCACCCCUUCCCUACACCAACUUUACAGUGAUUCAUGGGCAUCUUUCAUGUGCUGGAACAUGCAAUGUUCAUACAUCCCUCUCGCUGCAGAGGACACGGGUGAAGGAGAGGUUAAUUAAACUCUCUACUCUCUCAUUGUCAAACAUCCACAUUUCCCAUUACAUUGUGGGUGGGUAGAUUGCUUUGAGAAUUUGAAGCACUUAGAAUUAAAUCAAUUAAUCCUUACAAAGGGAUGUAUUACUACAUGUAUUUUAGAAAUGUUUUUGUUUAGUGCUAUAUGCAAUAUGGCCAACAAGCUGAAGGAUUAAAAAUGGGAAUUAUUUGAUUUUUUUUAUGUGUUCGGCUGUCAGGUCACUCACCGUAUUUUAUAGUUUUGUUUGUUUUUCCAAUUUGUACAAAACCAUUUGAAUGGUGUCUUAUCUGCAAAUCAAAUUUUAUAUCCGUUUUCAGGCAUAUUUUGUGUGACGUCCAACCUUUUGUUAAACGAGUCAAGAAUGUCUGAGGCUGGCCUCGUGUCGUUUUCGGCUAACAGUCCUGGAAAUGUGCGCUAACCUCCACGUCGGAGGCUUUGGGUGCUGCCACCACUCCAAACAGGGUCAAAUAUACCGGCGAUACCGAGGCAUCCUGACGGCGUGAGCAAGGCGAGGUCAUGACCUCUGUUUGAUCAGUACGCAAUCAGGGUUUGUGCAAAUAAAAGAUUUUAUACGGA